GCUCCGGGCGGCUCCGGGAACGGCUGAAGAGGUUCCGGGGAAAGCAGGAGUUUCCGGAACGGCGGGGAAAAGAGCGGCUCGGGCUGCGGGAGAGGAUGAAGAAGGAGCAGGUGGCACGCUGCCAGUUCUCCGUGUGGUACCCGCUGUUCCGCGCCGUCACCAUCCGCAGUGUCAUACUUCCCCUACCAGAGAAUGUGAAAGAAUAUUUGCUGGAUGAUGGAACACUUGUGGUUUCUGGAAGAGAAGAUCCACCAACUCAAACCCCAGAGGGGAGUGAUGAUGCAGAAGAAAUACAGUGGUCAGAUGAUGAGAAUACUGCAACACUUAAGGCACCAGAGUUCCCAGAGUUUACAGCUAAAGUUGAAGAAGCCAUCAGUUCCUUAGGUGGCAGUGUUUUUCCUAAGCUAAACUGGAGUGCUCCAAGGGAUGCUUACUGGAUUGCAAUGAAUAGCUCUCUGAAAUGUAAAGCUCUAAGUGACAUUUUCCUCCUCUUCAAAAGUUCAGACUUCAUUACUCGUGACCUCACUCAGCCAUUUAUUCACUGUACUGAUGACUCCCCUGAUCCUCCCUUGAACUAUGAGCUUGUUCUUCGCAAAUGGUGUGAACUAAUUCCUGGUGCAGAAUUCAGAUGCUUUGUCAAGGAAAACAAGCUAAUAGGUAUAUCACAGAGGGACUAUACUCAGUACUAUGACCAUAUCUCUAAGCAGCAUGAGGAGAUCUGUAGAUCAAUACAGGAGUUUUUCAAGAAACACAUACAGUAUAAGUUCUUGGAUGAAGACUUUGUUUUUGAUGUGUACCGAGACAGCAGGGGUAAGAUUUGGUUAAUAGAUUUUAAUCCAUUUGGAGAAGUAACAGACUCACUGCUGUUUACGUGGGAUGAACUGACCUCUGGAAGAAAUCUGAAAGGCGACCAGAGUGAAGGGGAAGCAACAGAACAGGACUAUCCAGUUUUUCGUUGUACAAACAGUCAAGUUACUGUCCAGCCCAGCCCAUACCUGAGUUACCGACUGCCAAAGGAUUUUGUGGACCUGUCUACAGGAGAGGAUGUUCACAAAUUAAUUGACUUCCUUAAACUGAAAAGAAAUCAGCAAGACGAUGACUGAGAUAUCAAGAAGUGUCGCAGUGAAUUGUGGAACAAUUCAAUCAAGAAAUGCAGAAAAAGCUGUGUUUAGGGAACUAUUAAGCUAAAGAAAAACUGUCUUCUAUAGUCAACAAAAGAACGUAAAAGCUGGUUUAUAUAACAAUGUAGAAAGCUUCUUCAUGGAAACAUGGAGGUCAGGGUGAGAUCUCCUCGGAUUCCAGCUUAAAGGCCAUGGCACAGUGAUGCAAGCAGCAAUCUGAGUGCAACUGACUGCCUUCAUAUCACAUAAUGUAAAAAUGGAUGCUAUUGAAAUAUGCCUUUGGACUCUUUGGUUAAAAAUAGGACAGCAUUUAAUUCGUCUGCAGUUAAAGCAUCAAGAAUUCUCUGAAUUUAGACACUGUCUUGCUUAAAAUAUAGAAUAGCUACAAGGAAAAAAAUUUUUUGUUCAUUGUGAAGGCUGUUGCUUCUUUCAUUUCGUGGAACAAAUGUAACUACUAAAGCUUCCUUGAAACUUAUUUUUAACAUAAUUAUAUACUAGGCAUCAGCUGUGGCUUUAAUAUAAAUAGUGAAAUGUAACAUGAACCUGUAAUGUUAGGUGGACCGAAUCUCAUUUCUUUUGGAUUACUUAAGAAAAUGAUUACUAUUUUUGUUCUUAAAUUCUUUCUUGAUACUAUUUCAUGUUCUUUGUAUAGAAGGAAAAUUGACUAAAUUGGGGAAAUGGAAGCUCUUGGUACUGAUUUUUUUUUUUUCCUAUCACAGGGGGGUCAUUUUCAGACUAAGAAGCAGCUGCCUUCUGGAUGUAGGUGUUUGCAUGGUGUCAGUAAUGUGUUCUGUUUGCCGUAUUUUACUUGAUGCAAAAGAAAAUUUGGAGAUGCUCAGCCACUGGAAACUGGUUCCUACGUUGGACCAGUUAUGUGAUACUCUGUGUGUAUAUAAAGUUAUUCAUGUUUCUUGUCUUGCUCUUGCUGGCAAGUUGAUGUGGCACUCAGUUACCAUCUGUUCUGAGAUGUUAAAUCUGAGUUUAGAUGUUAAAUGAUUUCUUACUGUCACUGUUUAGCUUCAGUUUUGAGUGAACUUUGACUAAAGAUUAUGUGGAAUAAGAGUUCAGUUGUACCAAAUAUAAUUUAUUAAACACCGUAAAUUUACAGCCCCUGUAAUCUGUAGAGAAUCUGCCCUACUCUUUCACUCUGAAUCUCCUUAUCCAUAGCUUUUUGUUCACAGAUUAGAUGGAUGCUAACUGCAGGCUGGGCUCUACCGAAUUCUGUUGUACUACAGGACUUUUGAGGAGGUUUUUCUCAGCCUUAUCAGAAAGGUGUAUAAAUGUUUCUAAAUCAAGUAAGAACUUCAGAACUUAAAAAUUAAAAAAGCUACCCUUUCUCUUCUGAAGUUACUCCUUCCUGGCCAUAAGCUAAAGAUUGUGAUGAUCUGAUUAUCUCUUAUCAAGAUAUCACCCUGCAGUUCCUCUUCGUAACUACAGAUUGUUGUCCUAAAAGAUACUGAAUUUUGGUUUAAAGCAGUAAGAUAGCUUUCUGAAUCUUCUUUUUUUUUUUUUUUUUAUCA